CGGUCCUCUGCCGCUGGAUGUCCCAGAGCAACGAGACACAGUCCGCAAGCCAGAUAUCAGAAAGUUUUCUCUGCCUUCUCUGAGUGGCUGAUGGUAAAAAUCUGAGGAAGUGACACCAGAUUGGAAGAGACUCAUACCUCAAAAAACCAGUCUAGCUUCUCACAUUACCUACCACAUCAUGGCUAUAGUCAUCCACUCCAACCCGCUCCUAUGGACGCGGUUGGCUGCAAUGGUGUUCGCCUGCGUGGCCUUCUCCGUGGCGGUGCAUGGAGGCAGACUCUUCCACGGCACCGGGGACUGGUGCAUCUUCUGCUGGGCCUUCAGCUUCGCCGGGACUCUGCUCGUCAUCCUGGUGGAGCUCUUCGGCCUUCAGACCAGAGCCCCCGUUUCCUGGAAGAACUUCCCGAUCACCUUCGCCUGUUACGCCGCCCUGCUCUGCCUGUCCGCCUCCAUCAUCUUCCCCCUCUACUUCCUGAAGGGCAGCUCAGGCCAGAGUGAAAUCCGCGACUACCGCAUCGUGUCUACCGUCUUCUCCUGCCUGGCCACCAUCGCCUACAUAAGCGAGGUGAGCAUCAGCAAGGCGCGUCCGGGCGAGGUGGCCGGCUACAUGGCCACAGCCCCUGGCCUGCUGAAAGUCUGCGAGACCUUUGUGGCCUGCAUCAUCUUCGUCUUCAUCAGCGACCCCGUGCUGUACGACCGCCACGAAGCACUCAAGUACUGCAUGUCGGUCUACUGCAUCUGCUUCAUCCUGUCGGCGGCCAUCAUCCUGCUCUGCAUCGGAGAGUGCACCGGCUGCCUCCCCUUCCCGUUUGCACGCUUCCUGUCUGCCUACGCCCUGCUGGCUGUCAUCCUCUAUCUCUCAGCAACCAUCAUCUGGCCCAUCUUCAACUUUGAUCCCAAGCAUGGCGGAAACAAAAAUAGGCCCUACACAUGCAGCUCUACAAUGGGGCUCUGUGUGUGGGACAAGCUCAUGACCGUGUCUGUGCUCACGGCCGUCAACUUCAUCCUCUACCUGGUCGACCUGAUCUACUCCACCCGCCUGGUGUUUGUCAGCGCUUGAGGGGAAGAGAAGGGGUGUUAGGCCAGCUGUAUGCUCCAAAUAAAAUUGAAUUUGGCAGGUUCUCAAAGGCUUCGAACUGCUGUCAAAUACAGUGCUGCGCGCAAAUGCUAGUGCGACUCUGAUCUGUUUGUUUUAAGGCAUCCACACUAGCUGCAGGAGCUUGUGGGUCAUGAUGGGAGCAGACUGUAGCGUUCUACCGCAACUGGUGUAGUUUAUUGUAGGGCUGCACAAUACAUCAAAAUCAUUGUGAAACUUUAUCAAAAUCGCAAUAUCGACUCGUGCAAUAUCCAAAACCCAGGAGGCCCAAUAUUUGUUACAAAAUAUGGGUCAAGUGCUAAUUUUGAAUUGUGGUGCUGCAGAGAUUUUCCUGGCCUACAAAUCAUAUUCUACAGAUGUGUUAUGCUCAUCAUUUUAAUAUAUUUUUCAAUACUAAUUUGAACAAUCCUGCAAACAUUAGCAUUCCCAUCCAAUAUCGUGAAUCCAACAAGUUCUCCAAAACAUACAACCUAAUAUAUCCUGCUCUUGGUUAAGACUAGAAACUACUCCCAGUAGGUUCUGGCAAAAAAGUACAUGGUUAGAAACGAUUACAAAAGAUUUGAAAGAGUAGAAUAAAUUCAUGAAACUGCUGGUGAGAUAAUAAGAAAACGUGACGCAUGUUAUGUUACUUCAAAUAACAUCUUUUUUUUCUGUUGUCACAUGAGACACAAACGCCAAUAUCCUCUGUGAAACCUUUUGGCGCUUCAUACUCCGUUUCCUCGCUUCCAUCAUCCUUUACAAUUUACACGGCCACUAGAGGGCGCUUCUAAUGACAUACGUAAAUAUGGGUCACGUAUCCACAAAUCAUAUUUCAAUUACACUUAAAAUCAUUUGAAAAUCAAUAUUUUUUCCAAAUCGUGCAGCCCUUGUUUAUUGAAAUCUAGUGUGACUCCAUUUGUUGGAGAUAAUACGAUUAUUUUUGUGGCCCAAAAGUCACAGUUUUGCCUCUGCAAACCUGCCAAAAUUGAUUUUGUGUAAAGUAUACUGCUUCGGACCAUAAAGAGAGAGAGAGAGAAGAGGGAGAGGUUGAGGUCAAUGGCUAUGUUUACACGUACAACAAUAUUCCCUGAUAUUACCAAAGUCAAACUUUGCUUCCUGGACAGACUUUAAUCUUGAUUAUGAGAGACCUGAAUGUGAUUGCUGGAUCUUUUUUUAAUCAGUAUUAAUAGCAGAUCAUUGCACAUUGUCGUAAGAUUUUAUGUAUACAGAGAAGUUCUGGAGUAAGCUAUAAAAAUAAUCUCCUGAACAAGACUCUUAACACCCCAAAUACUAUGUGCAUGUAAACAUAGUCUGGCAUGACAAAUGAAGAAAAAACAAAGAAAAUGGCGGCUUAUUAUUGUGUUUUGGGGAUUUUUCUUGUAUAUCUGUGCUCUGCCUUAAGUUUGUGUUUAAUUUGAUAUCAGAUAUAAAAAGACUGCCGAGCAGUAUUUCUGUUUUUAUCCACUAGAGGACAAAAAUAUUAAGCAGCAAGGAGGCAAGAUUAAGUUAAAAGAAAUUGAAUGUCGUACAAUUGGAAAUUGUAUGUUAAUUGAAAAAGGCUUUAAAUUAAGUUAAAUUUCUGUUUUUAAUGUUGUUGGGUUUUUUUCAGUAAUGGAAUUGACUGUUAUUCCAACAGUAUGCAGAGCAGCUGAUCAGAUUUUUUUUACACAGGUCCAAUGAUUUCAUAUUUGAAGUAGAGCAAAAAUGUUGUUACUUGAUGUUGAGAUGAAUGCUAGGCUAGCUUUUUGCUCAUUUUAUGAUAUAUGUGUAUCUGUAUCUGCAAGCUACAAUCAAUGGCAAGGACAUAUAUAUGCGGAAAAAAAACAAGAAAGGUAUGUUUAAAGUGCACUUAAUAUUAGUAUUUUCUAUGCGUGUUUACAUUUCUGGUGUCUAUCAAAAGCAUCUAUUAACACCAAACUCACACCACUAAAUUCAUAUAUGUUGUUGAUUGGGUCUAUUGGUUUUGUACUGCUGUAAUAAAUACUCAGUGAAAGACACCGAAAAAAAGAUGCUUCUCUCUCUCUAAAUGUUAUUAGUGUUAUAUUCUUCAGCUUUUUUUAUAUUCCACUGUUACUGUUUCAAUCAUGCAUACCACAUCAGCGUUGUAGGAAAACAUAAUCCAGUGUUUCAAUAAAACCACAUGUUAAACAGACCAA